CGAUCCAGGGCAGCCCAAACGCCAUCGACGACUCGCAUCGCUGCCCAAACAAUGCCCUACCAGGAGCCCCGCCUCAAGCCGCCGCCGCGCGCGCGCAACCAGGCGCCGGUGCGGCGCCGACCACCAGCUCCAGCCCCAGCACCCGACAGCCCGAGCAGCAGCGACGACGAAGAGAUCGAAGCGACGCCCUUCUUCAAGCCCAAACCGCGCCCUUCGACAAAAAAGGCCGAGGCCCCGGCACGGAGUGCGGAGGAACGCGCCGCGCGCAAUGACGCCCUCAACACGCCGGCCGAGGAGGCCGCGGCCCGCGCGUUCCUCGCGGAAAAUGCCCCGUGGCUCGUGCCCGGGAAAGUGGUCAAGCCGCCGCACCUCGACGAAAACGCGCCUCCCACUCCACCCUUCACCGUGCCCAAGCCGAGGCUCCUCGUGCCCCCCGAGGACGCGGACGCGGGCUUCGAGAGCCCGGAGGCCUUCUACGGCACGGCGAAGGUCCUGCCGCCCGAGGCGCCUUCACCUGAAGACGUCGCCGCUUCCAUCAAUGCGCGCGCGGCAACGCCGGGCUCGGGCUGGUGGUGGGAGGCUUCUGACGCUACUCUGACAUGUCCGGGCGCGGGCAAGCGGGUCCUCGCUUUGCAUGACCGUGAUUCCGACGUUAGGGCCUGCUCCGUGCUAUGUGGGAACAUGGGGUUAGGCCCACACGACGUCGUGUGCCUCCGCGGCCCGCUAUCAACGAACGGCAAGCAUCGGUGGUGGAACGCGCAAGACCACCAGCAGAUCGAACAUGCAUUAAGGGGCGUGCUGGAGUUCGUCAAAAAGCGCGGGCCCUUCCAGAUUCUGUUGGGCGUGGGCCAGGCGGCGCAGAUUGUGGUCGGCCUGUCGGCGCGGGGCGUCUGCCGGACGCUCGGUAUUGAUAACCUCACGAACCCGACGUGGAAGGGCGUCGUGCCCGUGCACGCCGUCGACGAGGACCUCGAGGCCAUGAACGCCGUCGUCAAAAAGUUGCGGGGCCAGAAGCACGCGUUGUCGAUUUUCUGGCGGUCGGGGUGGGUCGACACGGUGCCCGCCUUAUCAGUCAUCGGCAUGGGCGAUUCGGAUAGGCGGGACGCGGCGCUGCGCGUGUCGCGCCUCUUCAAGCACAACACGAACGCGGUGCACCGCGGUUCUUCCACUGUCCCGGCGGCCGCGCGCGACGACGAGCAGUUCUCCGACCUGGUCGACGGGUUCAUGGUGCAGCCGUUUCUUUGUUGAGUAAUAUUGUUCUUUUU